ACCCGCUCCCGCCUGACCGCGGGCCAGGGGCAGCAACAUGGCUGCGCCCUUCUUCGCGCCCGGGACGCGGCUGCAGCGGGGCGUCUAGUCCCGUCCUGCGGUGGGGGCGGUCUGUCUGUGCUGCGCCGUGUCGCCGCCCGGUAUCGCCACUCCUGCAUGGAGCCGCGGGAGUCCUGGGCGGCCUUGGCGGCUGGUGGAGUUGCUGGUGUCUGUGUUGACUUGAUCCUUUUUCCCUUGGACACUGUAAAAACAAGACUGCAGAGUCCUCAAGGAUUUAGGAAGGCUGGUGGCUUUCGUGGGAUCUAUGCUGGUGUCCCUUCCACUGCUAUAGGAUCCUUUCCAAAUGCUGCUGCAUUUUUUAUCACCUAUGAGAAUGUGAAAUCCAUGCUGCACCAUGACUCUACAUCUUACUUGACUCCAGCAACACACAUGGUGGCUGCCUCCCUUGGAGAAGUGGUUGCGUGCCUCAUACGGGUGCCAUCUGAGGUCAUCAAGCAAAGGGCCCAGGUUUCUCCUUCCUCUAGUACCCUCCAGAUUCUCUACCGUACCUUGUAUCAUGAGGGUAUUGAAGGACUUUAUCGGGGUUAUAAAAGCACAGUAUUAAGAGAGAUUCCUUUCUCUCUGGUGCAGUUUCCCCUCUGGGAGUCCUUAAAGGAUCUCUGGUCAUGGAAGCAGGGUCACGUGGUGGAUUCUUGGCAGUCAGCAGUCUGUGGAGCUUUUGCAGGUGGAUUUGCAGCUGCAGUCACCACACCUCUUGAUGUAGCGAAGACGAGAAUUAUGUUGGCAAAGGCUGGUUCCAGCAACGCUAGUGGGAAUGUUCUGGCUGCCCUUGGUGGCAUCUGGAGGACACAAGGCCUGCCGGGCUUGUUCGCAGGUGUUGUCCCACGGAUGACAGCUAUCAGCCUGGGAGGCUUCAUCUUCCUGGGGACAUAUGAGAAGACUCGCCAGCUGCUGCUCUGACCCAGCCUGGCCGGUCCUGCUGGUGGCUCCCAGAGAAGCUGGAGAAGCUGCCGAGCUGGAGGAGGAGUCCGGCCGAGAACACAGCCUUCCUCCUGCCGCCCCUUCGCCGCAGCUGUUCAGCAGGCUGAGAGCCACUUUCACUGUUAAAGAAAAGUAAAUCCUCCAAUAAUCCAAUUUCCCAAACAUGAAAUUUUCCUGCAUGGAAAGUGAGUGAGGUCAUUGUGAGAGUUGUGCCAAAAAAGUGAUGUUUGGGGGGUAAACAGCUAAUUACGGUGGCUGAGAAAGGCGUUCUUAGAACUCCUGCAGGGGAAAUGUUUUGCAAACCUCCAGAUUGUGGGCUGAGCGGGGAGGCUGAAAUAAAGCAAGUUUUCAUAA